GUCAAAGCACACAUUCUCCAAACUUUCUUCUUCUUUGCCUUCAUAUCUAAGCCGCGACUUUGAGAGGGUUUAAGCAGUAGUAAAACACCAUUGUUCUGCCGCAUCUCCUCCUCAGCUCGCCAAAUUAUCGCCACGUGGACACAAAAAUGUAUAGAAGCAGAGCCACCACAUUCACAGCCAAAUCUCUGAGAACUCUAACAAAGGUAUGCAGACAAAAUCACCAUUUAGAAUCAUUUAAGUUCGUUACUUUUUCAAGAAAUCUCAGCACUGCUACUCAAAUAUCUGAAUUUGAUAACUAUAGAGAGCAAAACCCAGAUGGGGUUUUCAAUUAUAACUCAAAUAAUACGAAUUCUUUGAACCCUAGGCAAAACCCUAGAGCUGAAUUUCAAGAAUCAGCUAAUGGUGCUAGAGGUUAUUUUUCUAAGGAUACCAUAGGGUUUCCGCGGGAUACACAUGGUCAAAAUGAGAACUUUGCGUUAAGAAAUGAUUUUCAGCAAACUGUUCGGCCAAAUGGGAGUUUAUCCUCAAGCAGUAAUGAUUUCGGGUCACGAAAGGAAUAUCAAAAUAAUAAUUUAGUCCAGCAUAAUAGAAAUGAUGCUGAUUACAAAGGUGAAAAUUCGUCGAAUGUGAUGCAUAGUUCCAGGUUUGAGGGACGUGUAGAAGCUCAGCCGAGUCAAAAUGGAGUUUAUGGACACUAUCAACAGAAUUUAAACCGUUAUUACGGUGGGAACAGUGAAGCGUCACAGCAGAAUUUCAGUGCCAAUUACACGAGAAACAUAGGAGUGCCUCAGCCCAGCUAUAUCCCUGGAAAUGUAAGGAAUGUUCAAGCAGGAAAUUCUGAAACGUAUCCACAAAGUGCAAGUGCGUAUGAUAUGGAAAGGCAUACGAAUUCAAGUGGUUACUCAAGGGAGAUGAUGGGGCAAUAUCAGCAGAAUGUAAGCGGCUUUAACCCUUCUAGUACUGGACAUCAAGCUUCUUAUCAAUCUCAGAAUGGAAUAGUAGGUAAUCAAGAAAUGAGAAGUUCAACACCUGUUGAACAGUCAAUCGAUUCUGCUGAUAGCAGCAUUAAAAAAGGCUCAAUUGACGAGCUCGAUAACUUUUGUAAAGAAGGCAAAGUGAAGGAGGCAGUUGAAGUUUUGCAUUUGUUGGAGCAGCAACAUGUCACAGUCAAUUUGUCUCGAUAUAUAACACUAAUGGAUGUCUGUGGUGAGGAUAAAUCCCUUGAGGAGGCUAAAUCAGUUCAUGAGCACCUUGUGAGAUCUCAUCCUCAUCUUGACGUCAAAACGUACAAUAAGAUUCUUGAAAUGUAUGGCAAAUGUGGCUCCAUGAAUGAUGCCUUUUCGGUGUUUCAAAAAAUGCCUCAGCGUAAUCUGACUUCUUGGGACACGAUGAUUACUUGGCUUGCUAAGAAUGGUCUUGGAGAAGACGCAAUAGAAUUAUUUGCAGAAUUCAAGAAAACGGGGAUGAAACCUGAUGGCCAAAUGUAUCUGGGUGUCUUUCAUGCUUGUAGUGUUGUAGGUGAUAUAGUUGAAGGCAUGUUGCACUUUGAAUCAAUGAGUAAAGAUUAUGGUAUUGUUCACUCCAUGGAGCAUUAUGUGGGAGUGGUAGAUAUGUUGGGAAGUACAGGAUAUCUUAUUGAAGCGAUAGAGUUCAUUGAAAAAAUGCCUAUAGAGCCAAGUAUUGAAGUAUGGGAAACCAUGAUGAAUCUCUGUAGAAUUCAUGGGAACUUGGAGCUUGGGGAUCGUUGUGCUGAGAUUGUUGAACUCCUAGAUCCAUCUCGUUUGGAUGAACAGUCAAAGGCAGGUUUUUUAGCUGUAAAAGCAUCAGAUAUUGCUAAGGACAAAGAAAAGAAAAAAUCUGCUCAAAGUCUUCUUGAGGCUAGAAGCAGAGUCCAUGAAUAUCGAGCAGGAGAUAGAUCACAUCCCGACCAUGAGAAGAUAUAUGAAUUGCUUAGGGGUUUAAAGCAGCUAAUGAAGGAGGACGGUUAUAUACCAGAGAUUAAGUUUGUGUUACAUGACGUAGACCAAGAAACUAAAGAGGACGCUUUAAUGGCUCACAGCGAGAGACUUGCUUUUGCUCAAGGUCUUAUGAGUAGCUCUGCACGAUCACCAAUCCGAAUAAUAAAGAAUCUGCGUGUCUGUGGUGAUUGCCAUAAUGCAUUGAAGAUUGCUUCGAGGCUUGUUGGUCGGGAAAUUAUUAUGCGAGAUGCUAAGAGGUUUCAUCAUUUAAAAGACGGAUUGUGCUCGUGUCGGGAUUACUGGUGAAGACACCAACCUUCAGAUACCCAAGAUGUAGUUUCAGACCCAGAGAAUGCUCUAAGGACAUGACACCUAUCAUUUGUUGAAUUCCUUCGGAACAUGUUCAGUUUCCCGCUCAUUAUUAUCUAUUAUGAAGACGAUCCACCGAUGGCCUCUCUUCCUAUCCUGGAGAAGCUACGGGUUUCUUACUUUCUUUAGAGAUGUAAACAGUUGGUACCCUGCAAGAAAGUUGACCUUUCAACUAAACAAGUUUUGCCCAGUAUUAAGCCCAUACUAUGUAUUAGUUCUCCCUGUCGAACUCAUGCAGUAGUUAAUAAUAUUAAAACAUGAUGUUAUUUGUUUCUACCUGCGAGAACUUUUAGUCCUUAGACUUCAUGGAUAAUACCAAAACUGCUAUGAUGUUUCAAGCAUGUUCUGCUGAUUUCUUGUUUUUAGAUAGUCUACUUCAUAGAUAAUAUGAAGUGUGAGCAUUUCAAUGACCACCCUGUAGUUCUAUUAUGAUUGAGAACGUUAUGGCACUUUAAAUCGCCUAUGUGCUAAGGCUGCUUACUAUAUCUUCUCUCUAUUCUCUCUGUUUACAGAACAUGAGUUUCUACGGUUCCUUUUCUUAAAGUGAUUUGUUUGGUGGUGCUAGCAGUUUUAUCUUGAACUUUGGUUUAUCUCAUUUGUUUUUCUUUUUUGUUACAUGUGAAUUCCGGCAUUGUACUGCACAAAUGGGAUAAGUAUCUUUUUGUGCCUCCCCCUUGCAACUUCAAACAAAGUCAAAAUGUAUCUGAAUAUGCUAUAGGUGCUAUAGCUGUAAUUAUGAGAAGCACAAUGUACUUUUGAUGGUUGCUUAGAUACCUCACAUAUGCAAAUAAGUUCAAUGGAUCAAGUAAUAUUUACUGACUCUUACGUGUCAAGUUUGCCAACUGACGAUAUUUCUGUGGCCAUCCUAAUUGUCUAAAGAUGAACAGAGACAAACAUGGUGUUUUGGAAGGCUAAUUUUGCAGGAUUUGAAACUAUAUAGUUGAACUAAGUGGUAAGAACUGUAAGAAUGAAAAGCACAUUAACAUUUUUUUUUAUAACCGAGAAAUCCCCAGUGAUAGCUGGCCUAACCCCAGUUGGCCGCCAGAUUGGAAACUUGGCUGAGUAGCUUAUUUUCACUCAAGAAUGUAUUGGGCCUUACGUGUUACAGUUUAUUCGUGAAUACACUGGCAAUGUUGAUGAGCUAAUAAAAGAUAAAAUUGAGGCUCAAAAUGAAGCAAAAGACAAGAAGAAUGAAGAGAAGGACAUUAUUAACCAGCAAAAUUUAUGCAUAGCUGCUGUUAUUAAUUGCUGAUGGGCACAAAUGGAGGCUAGAUAAAUUAACCGUUCUGUUCUCUGUCAUAGGGUGCUGAUAUCUGUGUAAUAUUUUUCUAGAAGUGGCAUCUUUUUGAGGUUAGGCUGCAAAUUGAGGGUAUUUCAUAUUAUUCAGAACCAAGUAGAUAUGCAUCAUAUUGUUUUUUUGUACUAUUCUCUGAGAUCAUCGAGGAUAUUCGUUUCCAAAGUGUUAUAAGUUUUUCCAGGUUCAUCAUCUUGUGGAUAAAAUUUUGUUUGAAUGCUUUAGGGGGUCGACCUUUUUAUAUAGACUUCUUCAUGGUAAAAAAGGGUAGCUUCUUCUGUCCAGGUAUCUGUAAAGCAGCCUUUUAUUGUAAGAAAAUGAUUACUUUAGUUCUGACCAACUCUUUUG